AUGGGAGCAGUUUUGAGUGCUGGAGGGUGCGCAGCUCAGCUGGCUUGUUGCUUUGGUAGCGCUGCAUGUGGGCUGUGUUGCAAUGCGUGCCCCAUGUGCAAAAGCAGCACGAGCACGCGGCUGAUGUACGCGUUGAUAAUGUUCUUCGGGACACUGGUUUCGUGCCUGAUGCUGGUACCGUCGAUCCAGGAAAAACUGGCCAAGAGCAACUGGUUCUGCAAGGCAACGUUGAACAUCGAAUGCGAACGGGCGACGGGCUAUCAAGCCGUAUACAGGAUGUGUUUCGCCAUGGCUGCGUUCUUCUUGCUCUUCGCCAUACUCAUGAUCAACGUAAAGUCGUCAAAGGAUAUUCGAGCAAAGAUUCAUAACGGAUUUUGGUUUUUCAAGUACAUUUCUUUGAUUGCUCUGGCAGUGGGGGCGUUUUACAUUCCGUACGGAGACUUCUCUGUUGCCUGGAUGUACAUCGGAAUGCUCGGUGGAUUUCUCUUCAUCCUUGUUCAGCUGAUAUUAAUAAUCGAUUUUGUGUACGCAUGGGCCGAAGGGUGGAUGCAGAAAUACGAAGAAACAGAUAAUCGAUCGUGGUUCGCCGCAUUAAUCUUCUUCACUUUGUUUCUCUACGCGGUUUCGAUUGCGGCAGUUGUACUUUUCUACAUCUACUACGCAGGGUACCCGGAGUGUCAGUUGAACAAGGUAUUCAUCAGCAUCAACCUCGUCGCCUGCGUCGUCGUUUCCGUGCUUUCAGUGCUGCCAAAAGUGCAGGAGUUUCGGCCACGAUCGGGCUUGUUGCAGUCCAGUCUGAUCACACUGUAUACCCUUUUCCUGACAUGGUCGGCGAUGGCUAACGAACCAAACGUGCGAUGUAACCCAAGCUUGCUGACCAUAUUCACUAAUUCGUCGAGUUCGACAACCCCGAAUGAUCAGCGCAGUUAUGCAGGCCUGCAGGCACAGUCGGCAGUAGGAAUGCUCAUCUGGUUUCUGUGCAUAUUGUAUGCAAGUAUCCGAACCGGUAGUCAGUCGACGAACAAGCUCACAGGCUCCAGUGAAACAACGCUGAUUAACAACGGAGCGACUGCAACGUACAACUCUGAGGAAGGCACUCGCGUGAUCGAUAACGAGACCGAGGCGGUCACUUACAGCUAUUCAUUUUUCCAUACGAUGUUCUUUUUGGCUUCGUUGUACAUUAUGAUGUCGUUGACGAAUUGGUAUAGGAAAUCUCACGCAAUUUUAGAAAACGACUUGCCUGAAAUGACAGAUAACAUCGAUUCGAUGGCGAUGUACAUCGGGCCGAUCAAUCCGGCUGUGUAUCCCCAUUUGACCCUGACGUUGCUGGGUAUCGGCAUGUUUUUCAUGGCUUGGUUUUUCGUCUACGAGGUGACGUCGACCAAAUAUACGAGACAGGCUUUGAAGGAAAUGAUGAUCGCGGUGGUUUCAUCGGCUUUCAUUGGUUUUGGCGUUUUGUUUCUGUUGCUCUGGGUCGGGAUCUAUGUUUAA